AUCAGCGGUCCGCCGGCGCGGGCUGGCCGCGUGAGAGGCGAGCGCGCGAGCUGCGAGAGGAGCGUGCCGCGCGCGCCGGCCCUGUCAAUCGACCGAGCGGAGCGCGGCGAGGGUCAGCAGCAGCAGCAGCAGCAGCAGCAGCGGCCCGCUCCAAGUUCGCAAGCCGCCGGCGCGCGCUCGCCUCUCACAUCUCACCCACUCCCUCCUUCUCACUCCUCUCAUCCCCUCUCCGGAUCCUGGCUUGCCACACUCCCGCGCUCCAACAGCGGCAGCAAUGUCCGUGCCCCUCUCCUCGGCCACGUCGGCGCCCAUGGCGCGCAAAGGCUCCGGCGCGCCCGACGCUCCCUCCGGCGCCGGCGGCGCCUCGACCGGCAGCAGCAGUGCGACCAACGUGCGCGUGCCCAUCAUGCACGACUACGAAGGCGCGCGCGAGCGCAGCCGGGUGCUGCGUACGCUGUCGCAUCUGUCAAAGACGCAGGCCAGCUCCUCGUCGCUCGACGGCGCCUACGCGUACCCCGAGACGGAGAGCGACUCGGAGACGCCGCAGCGCUCCUCCAGCGCCUCCUCGCCACCCACGCGUCCGGCCGCACGCAGCCCGGCAGCCUCGCUGCGCGGCAGCUUCUCGGCCUUUGCACGCGGCGCCGCCGCUGCCGUGCGCGCCACGGGCGCGGCGUCGGGAGCGGGAGGCGGCGCCGUCUACUACGUGACGGAACAGCCGGGCGGCCCUGCAUCUGCGGGCAUCGGAGGCCGAAGCUCGAGACAAGGCAGCGCCUCGGACACGCCUGCCAUGCCGAUUCCCACUACGCCCGGAGCAGGCCCGACUCGAAGACCGCGGCGCGAGAGUCCGGGCAUGAACGCAAGUGCUGCCUUUGCGAGUGAGUCCCCCGUCUCGACGCGUCUCCGCUAUGGCUCGCCGGUGCGGAAGGAGUGCUGCUGCGAAUCCUGUGGUCAGAGGUGCCGCUGGCGAUGGGCGGACGACGGGCCACGGGUGCCGGCAGCCAGCUUGGAUAUCUGCACGGAGAGCGCCGCACGACGCUCUCUCGACGCAGGUGUGCAAGCGGGUGUGGGGGUCAAAAGUGCUGCGCACUGCGCCCCCCCUACCUUGUGCUUUGCGAUGCGGGUCAGGCACUUUGCUCCUCGUUCAGCCGAGCCUGCGUACGCAACAUGCCAAAGGCAGGCGAGGUCGACCGACCUCUCCCUGCUCGGCCCGGCGCGCAGCAGGCGGGCACGUGCUGUGCAGGCCGCCUCAUGCUGGCCAGCAGAACUGCGACCCCUGUUGGACGCCGUACCCUGUGCGGCUCGACACAUGGGCGCAGCAUUAUGCAUGGGCGCGAGCAUAGUCGUCAUCGGGUGAUGGAGCGUCAGGGCCUCACCGCCAAGAUGCUCUCUCCCUGGUUGGCUGGCAGCGGCAGCAGUCCUGCGCCCAGGGGGUGGCCUUUGCGGCUACCCUGCAAUUGCAGAUUGCGGGUGCAGCAUCUGCUCUUCCCCAAGGCUUUUG